GGAAUUCGUCCGAAGUCCUGCUCUCUGCCAUCGACACCGUCUUCAGCACUUCUUUAUCAUUCUCCAACUUCACCGACGGGUGACACAGGUCUUUGGGGGCCAACCAAACUAACGAUCGUCCCGCAGUUGGCUUCAAUCAUCUCCAUUGCGACCGUGUCUCUCCGAGGAGAUAAAUUUAAUGGGGGAUAUAUCUAUCCGCUGGUUCAUAUUUUUUUAUAGACGGAAAAUUGUCUACCGUUUUGCUCCCGUCAGAAAAUAAAGGAGGUGCAACGUAACGUACAGCAAGAAAAUAUGGCGGCCUGUGUGUUCUGAGAAGGAAUAAAAUUCCGACCUCUAUCACGCACUUCCUUCUUAGCAACAGUGCUCUCGAUUGAGAAAACAGAAGAAAGUGUCUGUUGCGUCCGUGUGUGUGUCAACCCGUGCGUGCGUGACCGUUUUCUUGGUCAGGCUUUUCUUUUCUGGUAUGAUUGUGUGUGGUUUUUGUGCAUUUCCUUCCGGCGGCUGACAGACUUUCUUGGGGUGGUUCAUUUUUUUCGGUUUCGAAAGGAUCAAAGGUUUGUCGUUAAAGCCGCACCGACUCGUUUAACCGAAGGCUAACUUUACAGCCGUUUGAGUUUUCAAUCGAAUUGAGCUUGUGGGAAAUAUUCGUGACGAAUGUUUCAUUUUCUAUGUAAGACUGUUGCGCACAAUGUGGCGUGUAAUUCAGUUAAAGUUGUUACUAUAUAGCAAAGAAACACCGUUCUGUUUCCUACGAUAUGAAAUAGUAGUUCAUGAAAGAACACAAGGCAAAAUAAAUUAGGUUGACAGACCGAUUUUCCCGACCGUCCAUGGGCGUUGAAUCGAUUCUGUGAGCUUGCGCUUGGUAUCGAUUUUUCACCUCGUUUUUCAACAUCGUCAUCAAUGCUUCAUCCUGUCUGGUUUUGCUGGUCUAGAUAAGAUUUGGAUCUGUGUAGCACAUGCACGCACGCACGCACGCACGCACACACACACACACACACACACACACACACACACACACACACGCACACACACACACACACACACACACACACACAAACACACCAAAUUUGCUAUGCUUUCGGGAGAAUGAAAGCAAUAAGCAGGGAGCCUUGAAGGAAAACGACAAGAACUCACUGAUAGAAUCGAUCAGAAGAUUUCGUUGGUUGUGCGCGUGUGACUGAAAGGAGAACGAAUAGAUCUUUUUGUACCUUGCGUAUUUUCAAUCCUUUGUGGAGUGCGGAGCUUCGCGUGAAGUGGAAAAGCUGCCGAGAAACUCAAUCAGUGGCAUAGAGAGCGAGAGAGAGAAAUAGUACAAAAAAUACCUCCCUGCCGCAUUAGGAAUCGGGGGCCCCAGCAGCAGCAACACGUACAUUACCAACUUUGGCUGUUCCAGACUCCAAUGUCGGAAAAUGGAAAAAGCAAACUCCUCAAAUUCGUAGAGCUGCCUCGGCGGGAUGACGCCGGAAGCUUCUCUCGUUUUAAGCUAGUGAAAGGAAAGCUAAAUCAGAACACUCAAAAUGUCUACCGUCGACAAGGAAGAGCUAGUUCAGAAGGCAAAACUAGCCGAACAAUCUGAACGAUACGAUGAUAUGGCACAGGCAAUGAAAUCAGUAACAGAAACUGGAGUGGAAUUGUCAAACGAGGAAAGGAACCUACUGUCAGUUGCUUACAAGAACGUUGUAGGUGCCCGAAGAUCAUCGUGGCGAGUGAUAUCGUCGAUCGAACAGAAAACUGAAUCCUCUGCCCGCAAACAACAAUUGGCACGAGAGUACCGGGAACGAGUUGAGAAGGAACUGAGGGAAAUCUGCUACGAAGUGCUGGGUCUGCUGGACAAAUUCUUAAUUCCCAAAGCGAGUAAUCCAGAGAGCAAGGUGUUUUACCUCAAAAUGAAGGGAGAUUACUACAGAUACCUAGCUGAAGUAGCCACCGGUGAAACCCGCCACACCGUAGUUGACGAUUCCCAAGCCGCGUACCAGGAUGCCUUUGAAAUUAGUAAAGGCAAAAUGCAGCCAACACAUCCUAUCCGAUUGGGUCUCGCGCUCAAUUUCUCAGUCUUCUAUUACGAGAUCCUAAACUCUCCCGACAAAGCCUGCCAGCUGGCUAAACAGGCAUUCGAUGACGCGAUUGCUGAGUUGGAUACGUUGAACGAGGACUCCUAUAAAGACUCGACGCUCAUCAUGCAGCUGCUGCGCGACAACCUUACGCUGUGGACGUCCGAUACCCAAGGAGAUGGUGACGAACCACAGGAGGGUGGCGAUAAUUAACCAAACUAAAAUUAAAGCAAAACAAAAACACAUGCAUACACUACAAACAUAAACACGCAGCCACGGGCACACAUAUACACGAUACACAACACACAACUAAAGCAUAAUAGAAAUUCCUUUUGACUAUUGAUUAAUACGAGAACAACUGCGAAACAGCGGAUGAAGGAAAAAAUGGUAUGUAGUAGGAGAAACGAAUGCAGAAAAAACAAGAAGCUUCCGCGAAUUAGCAAAAAUCGUGUAACAAGCAUAAGACGUAAGGGCGUAGCUAAAAGGACAGUGACAGCCAUCCGCCGCGACAGUGUCUCAGCAUCAGCAGCAGCCAAAUGGUAGAAGUUGAAAAAGAGUAGAACGAACAUCAUGGUAGGAUAGGGAGAAUGAAAGAGCCAUUCCGCUUGUCGUAGCGUUUGCGCUUAAAUCUUGGCCUUAUCGUGGCGAAACAGGCAAAUUAGUUCAAUUUCUUUUGAACGAUUGUAGUCGAUUGCUAGUUUAAGGGGCCGAAGAAAAAAUAUGGAAAUACAUUCUGUAGCGUAGCGCAACCGGAAGCGGAAGCAGGCGGUAAAGAAAAGAAACUCGCUGAUCGUUGUCAUCCGUUACGUCAAGGCACAGAGAAAGAUAGAGAGAGAGAGAGAGAGAGAGAGAGAGAGAGAGAGAGAGAGAGAGAGAGAGAGAGAGAAUAAAGUAGAAUGGGCAUGUGUGCGUGUGUGUGUGUGUUUAUGUAAUCGAGGAAAAUUCAAGAAAAUGUAUAAUUUUGAUGCUUUUCAAAGAGCACAAAUAAAAAAUUGGUAUGACAGUAACAACAAGAAAGAAGCAUAAGCACGAAAACGAAUGAUAAAAUCUAGACACAGAGCAAGUUUAGCGCACAGUCUUUCGGAACGCAAUUAAUAUAUACAAUAGAAGCGUGAAAGAAGUAUGUAUUCGUUGUUUUCUUUGCGCUUCAACCGUCGCACAAUGGAAACACGAAGAUCAGUAAGCAAACACACGUACACACACGUACAUAUGUUACACUGUUCAUAAGUAUGUAAACUCUGAAGAUGGAGAAAUAUGUUGAGACACGACGAUGCCAUGGUAAGAUCAAAUGAUCGCGAGCAGAAUACGGAAAUUGCAAGGAGGGAAGAAAGUAAGCGGGAAGUAAAUCUAAGCUGAUAUGAGUGGCAAGCAAACAAACAAAACUCAACAACUACAUGUUUAUAAUGUAUGUUCUAUUGCUAUAGUCCCUUCGCCCCGGCCCUGAGAAAUCGUCCCAUGAGGUGGAUAUAUGUGUGUGUGGAGAUGUUUCCCAAUUCUGUGGAAUUUGUGUCGAUUAAUGAAUGUGCGUGAUGGAGGCAUGGAGUAUUGCGCGGCGUACAGCGUAUUGAAAGCACAGAGCAGGGGGAUGUCGGGAGAUGUUCUUGAAGAAAAAAUCUGAGUCUGACUAGACGAUUUAAAGCUCCCUAAUGCUGUGUACGUGUUUGCUGAUAUGGGCACAUUGUGAAUUUAACACUCGUGGUUGAACAUGGAGUAAAGAAUAAUAAUGAACAGAUUUGGGAUGAAAGCUUGCGAUUCUUCGAUUCGAAUGACGCAUGACUGCAAUUCGAAUAUAUAAAAGAGAAAUAUCCAACAGUAGCCUGAAUGUCCCACAGCAUGUCCUUAAGUCUCUGUUGCCCUAUUUUUACACGGUGGCUAAACUAUCUCCCAGUCGAUACCUGACGAUUUAAACUCUUCUAUAUAUGUCUACACUAAAAGCAAAUCAAACAAUGCCCAAACCCGAAUCUGAAACUCCUAUUCCUAAGUACUGACCAGAUUCAGUAUCUAUUGCACACACCCCUUUCGAUCUUCGGUCUUUGGCCAUAGUAGGAUAAAACUUGGUUGUGUGUCGUUCUAUGUGUGUGUGUGUGUUUUGUUUUUCCAACGUGUGCGUUGUCGGUUAUUGACCGAGGGACACACACACGAUCGAAAGAAUAUGUCGGAACCAUUUGUCUUGGGAAAAGUACCGCUUUUCCGUUGCAGAUGCUGAACUGAUAUGUUCAAUGCGAUGCGACGAUCCAGGUCGUCCUUUUAAGCUGUAAGAAUAUUUGACCAAGUGACGUUUUGUUUUUGCAAACAAAGAAGUGGUUAAGAAGAAGGGAAUGUGAAUGUUUAAUUUUACAUACCUUUGAGCAAACUGAACAAGUUCGACCGUUUCCAGCGGCGGUUGCUCAGUGCCAUCUGGGAUUGCACGAAGCAAAACUGGUUGGUUUAAUAUAAUAUGAAGCAAAACUGUCGUCUUACAUCAAUAUCAGGUAAUAUCAAAUCCAAAGCAAGCACAAGGAAGCCUCAUUACUCGUUUCACGUCCUAAAUUGGGACAGAAUAAAGGAAUGUGAACUUUGCCAUCUUCGAAUCGUUCGAGACUAUCAUCACACGUACGGUAUUCGGAAAGGAGACUAUCCUCCGUCAGAGCAGGAGUUGUUUGUUUUGUAAUGAAGGAUGCGAAGGAAGUAGAACGAAGACAAAUGUGUUGAAAAAGAACAUCAAAUGGAAAUUAUUACUCUUGUAAAACAACAUCAAACAAAAGUCGUCGUCGUCGCCGUCGUUUAAUCAAAUAAAAGAGCAGUAAAACAAA